GGGACGGGCCGAGGGAGGAGGGAGGCUCGUAGAAAAUCUGACACGCCAGCUCCGGCGGAGCAGCUGCAGCCAGGCAAUUACGGCAAAGACGUAUCCAGAGAGGGAGGAUACCGAAACUAAUCAAAAGGGCCGUCCAGCAGCUGAACCAUCAAUCGGCUUUACGAGUGAAGGCGAUCAAUCAGGCGGCGGCAACCUUCGGGAAGAAACGCGGAAGUGUAACUCACCGUCAAGGCUUUUUUUGACUUAUUAUCGGUGACAACAUGGCUGAAUGUAACGUUAGCAUCGACAAGAAUAAACUACCUGGAGUCAAAGAGGUGUGCCGAGACUUUGCCGUGCUGGAGGAUCACUGUCUGGCCUACAACCUCCAGGAGCAAGAAAUUGAAAGCCACUUGGCUUCUAACGUCCAUAAGAGCCGUCUGGUGCAGAAGGACCUGCAGGUGGCCAAAAAGCUGCAGGAGGAGGAGGAUGAGAGGGCGAAGAUCCAGAGCCAGAAACAACACAGUGACAUUGAGCGACAAGACAAUGAGAUCGCCCAGGAGAUUCAGGAAGAACUGGUCAGACAGGCAGAGCAGCAGCGACAGCAAGAAGAAAAGGAUGCGGCCAUCGCUCGUAAGCUGCACGAGAAGGAGAUGAAAGAGGAGAGGAGGAGACAGAAGCAGAUGGAAACAAACUUUGAUGAGGAUUACUUUGAGGAUCACGGGGCUGCAAGACGACCACUUGACUUGGACCAACAGUCACGUCACAAAUUAAGUUCGGCACAUGCUCCUGUGGGCCCCCAUACUGAUUACAACCCCGAUCAUGGUUCAACAGAGCCCAGAAAGAGCAGACAUCCAAAACUGGACUCAGCCUCGCCCCACAGCCGUUCCAGAUAUCCAGAGCACUAUCUAGUGGCCGAAGGAGGGCAUGGCAGGCAUGCAGAUCCAUAUCCAGAGCAUCUGCUGCCCUCCAGAGGAAAACAUAGGGAUGGAUAUCCUGACUAUGAGUCUGCACAGACGGGCAGAGCCAGGCGCCCGAGCUGGGAAGAUGCAGAGAGAGUGGUGAGGCAAAAGGAGAGACCGGCUAGAUCACCUACAGCGCAGACAGAAAGAGACGAGGUGUGGGACAGGCAGCAUGACAGAGGCAGAGACUAUGAAUGGGAGAGGCACAUGGAAAGAGACAAGAGAGACAGGGAGCGGGACUAUGAUUGGGAAAGGCACGGGGGGAGAGACCGCAAGAGAGACAGAGAGCAGGACCGGUGGGCUAGAGACAGAGACAGGGAAAGAUCCAGAGACCGGGUACAGAGUGUGGACGGAAGAGAGACAGACAGACUGAGACAAAGAGAUAAAGACAGACAUCGAGCGAGAACAAGAAGUGGAGACAGAGGACUUGCAGAUGACCAUCGAGAUCUGGUACCGGGCAGGGAAAGACCAAAAAAAACCAGGGCCUCCUUGGAGGAAGAAGAGGAUGAUGAGAGGGGGAGAAAGGCCAGGGGUCGACGUGUCCACUCCAGCCCCGAAGAGGUGUUUGAUGAAUUCCUGAAUGACGGAGGAAGAGGAGAGCCCUACGACCCCCGGCAGGGGUACAGUCCCAGCAGGGAACGCAAUCAUAGUCACCCCAGCGGAGAGACAGGCCGUAUUGUGCACCGAGGGAGUGGCGCUGUCGUCGCAGAAACGGAGUACGGACUGAAUGAGGCUACCAAGGGCAUGACGAAGCUUGAUCUUCAAGAGCAGGAGAUAAUCGACUUGGAGAUGGCCAGAAAGCUGCAUGAGGAGGAGCUGAAGUCAACCAGCAUGCAAGUUCGUGCAGCCCAGGUGGCACAAGAUGAGGAAAUUGCCAGACUGUUAAUGGAACAGGACAAAAAGGAGUACAAGAAGAAUCGGGAACGGGAGAAAGAAAAGGAGCGAGAAAGAGAGAGGUUGGCAAUGGAGAGGAUGGCAAUGGAAAGGAGAAGGCCAGAGGGAGACUACAGGCCGCAUUCAGAAGACGUCGUCCGGCCCAGAACACGAAACGAGCAUGAAUACCAGAGGCAGAAGAACCACAGCAAGCCUGCCAGGUCUCCUCAGCCUCGUCAACAUAACUAUGAGAAUGUGAGUCCUGCCUAUGGCCACUCAGACCACCAAGUUGCCCCUCGUGCUCCUGCCAGACCUGAGGCUGCUUUGAAAGGUGCCUAUUACAAGCGGUGACUCAGGCUCCGUACGCUGUCCAGACAUGCCGUCAGUCCUCCAUCCUCUUUGCGUUUUUUUUUUUUUUGUUGUUGUCGUUUUGUUUUGUUGUUUUUUUUUUAACUGCUCUGUUGACCAAAAACCUUUGGACAAUCUAGCAAGUUGGCGGAUGGCAUCCACUUUUUUUUGUUUGUUUUAAUUUAAUAAAAGUAUAGGAAUUGGGCCCUGUGAUGGUUGGAACCACCCUCAUUUCUAAGUUUCUAGCUCCUGCUCAUCACUGGAUUCCACUCAAAACGAAGAUUUUUUUUUUUUUUUUAAAGCAGCUUUCAACUUAAAUCCUGUUUGAAGUCCCAAGUGUUUUGCAGCUGUUGCAUUAGCAUGAGGUGAAAAACCUUGAACAGAAACACAUUAAAUAUUGCACAAAAUGGAAACAAACACCUAUAUGACUUAGUUGAUGUAGUGUUCAAUAAUUUCUAAAUGAGCACUACCGAUUUGUUCAAGCACUGACAAUAAAGAAUUAUUAAUUUAAUUAAAUCUAUAACAUUAAAUACAUUUCAAAGCUUAUAAAGUAAUUUUCAAACACUCAGGCUCGUUUAACGGCCCCCAACUCAUCAAUUACACCGAUAAUUAGUUUGUAAUGCUUCAUCCUCUUGUAGACUGCUCAGCAUACGAACAAACAGACAUUAUUUACCAGCUGCCUCUCUGCCGUCAACAGUAUCUUUGUGUUGCACGGGGUAACUUUCAGUGAACCAGUACAUCUUUCUCUGUUGUGGCAUCAAACCCGCAGCGAGGGGCUGCGUCCUUCUGAGAGGUGUGGCCGUGCACCCGGACAGUCACGCAGGUGUUCCUCACCACCCUUUCGGCACCGUCUCAGAGCAGUCCAGUUAGCCAAGCUUCAUCUUUCCCUCCGGGAGAUCAAUUUCAGUUUUUAAAUUUCCUAUAUCGUCUUCAUGUUUCUUUUUUUUACCCGACGUCAGAUCAAGUGUAGCCAAACGAGUAGCCUUGUGACACGAACUCCCAUGAUUGUUUCCUUUUGAGAUGGAGCAUCUGGCGGCUCACCUGCUGUGGUGGUUGUGUGCUGAUGUUUGCUUUGGGUGUGGAUCGUGCCAUCACUAGAGCUGCCUGAGUCCCCUGCUGGAUCUACCCAUGCAAUGUCAGAUUUCCUCACGACUCUUCGUGAGACGCGCCUGUCUGGUCCUUUGCGACUGCUACCGUGUCUUGGGUCACAACAUGGCAGCUGCUUCGUUCGCCUCCUGCCGCAGUCCGGUCUUACUGCACAACGAAGCUUCACCGGCCUUAUCCAUGUGCCACGCUGCAGCGUGUCGUGCUGAAAGGAUAAAUUUUUGUUGCUGUAUCCAUAUAAAUCAAGCCUUUCUCAUGGUGCUGGAGCUCUGGUUUUGACAUAUUUACCACCUUUUUCCCAGCGCGGACGAGGUGGGGCUUUUUUGAUGAUCUAUGGACUUGACCUGGCUUUUGCCCAUGUCUUUUUUUCUAGUAUAUAAAUAAAUUAUUUUAUGUUGGGGGAAACUUUUUUUAAAGCCCUUAAAACUGAAAGUGGAAUGACUGUAGAUGACCCACUGUUCCUAUGUGCAUGCUUACUGAGAGUGUACAACAGUGUACAUGCAUUUCUGCUCUGUAGCCCAUUAUUUGGCUCCCUCUUUGGUAUCAGAAAGGGUUAAAGCCACAACAUGCCAAUAAUCCUCUCUAAGUGAAUGAAGAAAAUAUCUGCAGGCUCAUAUACUGCUGUUCAAUAUGUAACUUUUCUUCCUGUAUUUCAUAUCAGUUUUUCAUUCAAACUAAAACUGGCCCAUAUUAAACCAGUACCAAAUAGAAAUGCAUGUACGUUGCUCGUCUGUGUUAAACCUGGAUUCAUGCUUGUGCGUACGGCGCAGAUGUUUAUUUAGAUAUUUGCUUUUGAUGUUUUUCUUUUGUUGUGCUACCCGAAACGUGUCGUCCAUUGUGGAAAACAAUAGAUUCUUUGAGACCAUGUGAUUAUCUUUGUUCAAAAAGGGAGCUUUAUAUUUAUUUUUGUACAAUAUUUUGUCUUCUUUCCUUACAUUGUUCCAUUAUUUUUUCAUUCCUAAGCUUUCCUGCUGUCACUUCUUGUUUCAGACUCAAAGGCAGGCGUCACUUCCUGCCUGCCAGUUUUCACUAAGCCAGUGUGUCUGGAUGAAGGGAAGUCAAAGAAUCUAAUUUUUUUUUGCCCAAAAUGGACCUAUUUAAGUCUUUUACUGCUCCAGGAUAUGUUUUAUUUUCUGUUCAUAUUGAAUAAAAAUCUUUAGACAAACGAAGAGCACAUUCAAGUCUUAAGUUAACUGAAAUGUUUAUAAUGGCCACAAAAUGGUUCAGCCUUUGAAUAUUUGGUGCUGUCUGCAGGUUCAUACAUUGUAAUAAAUGUUGAUAUGAAAUCGGUUUCCUAAAUGGGCUCAACUGUCAAGACUUUUCCUUACUGAAUAUGUGAAUCUUUUUGUAUUGCUGAGGAUAAACGUGCCGGUGUUCCUUGGUUGUAAUUUGUGCAGAGUUCUGGAUGUGUGCCAAAUGUUUGUCACUUUUUCAGGGAAUUAACAAAAAUGGGGUAGAAAGCUGAAAGUUGCAGUGAAUGAAACGCCACACCGGUCAAGCUGGGUCUUCUAAUUUAUUCUGUGAGAGCUCCACCUUGUGGACUCGGUUGUGUGAGAACAAAAGAAAACAGGGAACUGGUGAUCAUCAGGAUGCAUCUUUGUGUAUUUGUGGAUGCUGUGAACAUGACAUUACAUUGUCGGCGUCAAUUUUUUUUUUCCUUUAAUCUAGGGCUUGUAUGCAAUCUUUCAAUCAAUCAACACGUGUGUGUUGGGAAUUGCUGUAACAGAACUUUUUCUUUAUUAUGAAAGUGAAAUUGACAGGUUGCUUUUCCUAUAGCAUCUCAGUAUGUAAUAAACUGUUAUCAGCAUCUUGA